GCUUUUGGGUGGUCAUGCAGUCAGAAGAGUGAUCUCCUUCAUCCGUGUCUGUAGUUCAGACAGAAAGACUCAUGCCUGGGAUUACAGCCUCCGUGAUGUGAAAAGUGAAAGCGUUAACACUGCAAGUCAAGACGAAGCCGACAAAGUACAUUGAUGCCCAAGGCAAAAACAUCACCAUCAUCAUCUUCCAUAUUUGCACAGUCACAGCUUCAUGCAUCUGUCACUUUAAACAGUUUAUUUUUGACAUAAGCCGUGGAAAACCGCAACAUGGAUCUGUUUUGCUUGGAAAACCAGACAAACAGAAGAGCUCAGAAAGAUCCAAACAUUUUCUGCGAUGAUCGAGUCUUGCAAAGUCUUUUAACAGUGGAGGACAGAUUUGUACCACAGAGACCUUUUUUUAAUUGUGUUCAAACGGAUAUUCAACCUUUUAUGAGGCGAGUGCUCGCAACAUGGAUGCUGGAGGUUUGUGAAGAGGAGAAAUGUGAAGAAGACGUCUUUCCCUUGGCGAUGAACUACCUGGAUAGAUUUUUAGCUGCGGUUCCUAUGAGAAAAUCUUACUUGCAGCUGUUAGGAGCCGUGUGUCUUUUCCUUGCUUCAAAAUUAAAAGCAUGUCGCCCGUUGUCAACCAGAAAGCUCUGCAUGUACACCGACAACUCCAUAACAUGUCAGCAACUGCUGUGGGAAUUGGUGGUGCUGAGUAAAUUGAAAUGGAACAUGGCUGCCAUCACCCCUCUUGACUUCAUCGAACACAUUCUGCACAAACUUCCCUUUCCCGAAGACAGACUGACGCUUAUCCGCAAACACGCGCACACCUUCAUCGCCCUCUGUGCAACAGAUCACAGCUUCACCAUCUACCCUCCAUCCAUGAUUGCCACUGGAAGUGUGGGGGCAGCGGUGUGUGGCCUCCAGACGGAUAAAAAUGACCAAAGUCUUUGGGGAUAUGAUCUGAUGGAGCUAUUGGCUAAAAUCACCAACACUGAGGUGGACUAUCUUAAGUCAUGUCAAGAGCAGAUGGAGCAGUUGCUGGCCAAUAGCCUCAAAGAAAGUCAACACCCAGAAAAACAAGACGGCCGAGCCACCAGCAAAGCCACAGAGUCUCCGAACCUGUCCUGCACCCCCACAGACGUGCGUGAUGUCAACUUAUGAUGUCAGUUCCUGUCCACCACACCUCCUCAUCAUACAAAUAACAGUUUUAUUUCACUGUAUUUAAGAUUUAUUGGAAAGCCACAUUAGACUAACAGAAAAAGGAGGAAAAGAGCCUGCAGUCGCCUUCAAUCUGCAGACGGUGCAAUUACAUACUUGAAUUUAAGUGAACUAUAUUUAAUAAUACAUAAUAAGUUAUUUAGUAGAGAGCAUACACUUGUAUUGGCUAGUAUACAAUAGAAUAUCCUAUUAAUAUUGCUAUAUAUAAUAAAAUAAUAAUGACUAUUACAAUAACUUUAGUAUAUUACAUGAUGUAUUAUUUACAGUGGCUGUUCAUAUCAUCCACUGGGUGCAUUCAGAAGCUAGUUUCAAUUGAUAUGGACAAACUAAGACAUCUAUUAGUCCAGAAUCAAUUUUCUUAUCAUACUGUAGGCAUUAAACAACUCAGAGUAGCAAAUGAUCAUAGGUGAAGACUGAAAUACUGAAUAGAGAAAUAAAGUGGUGAUUUUAACACGUUGAUCAGUUUUAGUUCAUGCAUGCUCAUCCCAAUUUUAUGAGCACGCAGGAGAAUUUCAGAUGGAUCAAGUAUGUAGUGAAGGCGAUGAAGAUUUAUGCAAGGAUGAAAGUAGUGGGUAGCUAUCCCAACGGCUCCCGGGGAGCAACAGGGGUUAAUUCUGUGAGUCUCUACUACCACUAGGCUACGACUGCCCCUGAAAAGAGAUAAAUAUUAAAGGAUGGAAAGAUUGUGUAUGUGAUAGAAAAAUGAUUUAGUGUGGGAAAUGAGUGAUGAAAAGGUUUGGGGGACGUUAUAAUUUGUUUAGUUUUUAUUUAGACUGUGCUGAAGAAGUUCGGUGCCAUGAUUUGUUUCAAUUUGAUCAUGCAUGCAACUGAAACACUCGCUAUAAUGCUGGAGGAUUUAUGGCAGUUUGAGAGUUUUGAAAACCUUCUUUAGUAAAAACACGACACGGAUGCACUUUCAGAACUCUCCUCCCAUCAGUUUACCAUGAGGAGGACAAAUGAUUUCUAAGGGGUUUUAUUUUUGUUAUUUUUAAGUUAUUUUUUGUUUGGGGCUGGUUUCCCAUAUUAGGCGUGCUUUUGUGGGUUAUAUUUCUAAAUUUUAGACCAAAAACUGAUCUGACUGUCAACUUUCACAGAAAUGGUGAGAUUUGAUGUGAAGAUGAUUAGUUGUUUUCUUUAGUUGUGUUGAAUUCAUGUUAGCAUAGAUAGACAUCAAAUUUUAUAUCACUUUAUUUUAUUACUUUAUCCAUCAUCUACUUGAAUAUUUUUUCAUAUUAUAUAUAUAUAGAAACUAAUAUUUUCAAACAUUAUGCCAAAUUUCUUUCUUUUCUUCUUUAUAAGUUGAUUUUUGCACUUUUCAAAAAGAAAUCAGUUCAUUGUUUUUUAGUACAUUUAAAUGUUUUGUUCUGUGACACCAUUGUGCCAUUUAAACACAACUAUGCAAAUGAACUUCAGGUUUGUCCCUAUUUCAAUGUUACAUGUUUGCGUAUCUUCACACAUUUAGCUUUUCAUUCAUUUAGUUUUGUGUGCUUUCAUAGCCUUUAGUCUGUUUCAUUCUUUGUUUCUAUGUAAAACAUUUUAUAACUUGUGUUCCAGUGCUGCUAAAAGAAAAACGUUUUAAAAAAAUGAAGCUAUUGUAUACCUUGUUGCUGCUAUAUCCUAAAUUGUUUAAUGUGUUUUCAUGGUGGCUGUUUUCAUGUCUCUUUUUUCUCUUGCAUUUACACUGUCAUUUAUUAUCUAUAACAGAACAUCAUCCCUAAAGUGUCUUGAUGGUUACUUACAGUCUUGCCUCUUUUAUGUUUAAAUUUGACUGUUGUAUGCCUUCGUUCGCUAUUUAAAUGUAUCAUGAAAGCCUUCUUUGCUUUCAAACAAUCCACCUGCCCACAUCACAAUACCUCAGUACAGUACUUCAGGUGUAGGAUAUGAAGGCUGAUUCUGAUCCUCUUUAUGUUUCUUACUCUACUGGUUUGUUCUGCUGCUGACUUGUCAGAUUCACUCACCACAUAGCAAAAAUUAGGUGUUUUAUCAGGUGUUAAAUGUAUAACUGGGGCAGCACAUCGUUUAGAUAAAAAUAUGAUUUCUGAUUUGUUAUGUUUAAUGGCGAAGAAGCCAUGUUUGCAUUGUCUUUAAAGUUAUGUCUCCAUAUGAAAAUUUCCAAAGAAUUGUUCGGUGGCAAAACCACCUUAGUUUGACAAUUUAAAUUUGAACACUUACCUCAUUUUGGCCUAUGAAACUUAAUAAAUUUUGAGUAAAUUAAAA